UGCUGAGGAUUCCCAGUGGUCCGUGAACGCGCCUCCCGUCAGUAACCUGCUCCGGUCUGCGUCAACAGCCGCUCCGUCCGUCCGUCCGUCCGUUGGUGUGUCGGCUCCGGUUCCGUUCCGGUGCCGGUUCGGCUGCUGUCCACUCACAAGACGCCGUCGCUCUUUUAGCCAAGCUCCUGGUUUUCACUCACUGUUUGUCUGAUGAGCGUCUGACUGACAUCUGCAGCCGCACUAUGAGUGUAUGAUGUCAGAGCUGCGAUGGCCUGCAGCAGCCGACAGACCAACGCCGAGACUCUGGAGGGGUUCCACGAGGUGAACCUGGCCUCGCCCACCACGCCUGACCUGCAGAACCAGGCAGAGCAGCAGCGCCCCCCUGCCGGUCACAGCGCGCCGCCCACCGCUCUGUACCGCACACACUCCCUGGGAGCGCACCCCACUGGCCGGCCCACCUCCCUGCGGGCCGACCAGCUGCCCACGCAGCCGGUGUACUCCACGCCGCGGCACAGCCACAAUGGAAGCGUGCCGGGCCUGGAGGCGGAGUUCGCCGAUGGCCACUUCCUGUCCGGGGACGACGGCGAGGAGUGCAGUGUGCUUAGCGAAGGCCUGUCGCGUCUGCGCAGCCCGUCGGUGAUGGAGGUCCGAGAGAAGGGGAACGAGAGGCUGAAGGAGGAGCUGGCCAAGGCCCAGAGGGAGCUGCUGUUGAAGGAUGAGGAGUGUGAGAAAUUGUCUAAAGUCAGAGACCAGCUCGGCCAGGAGCUGGAGGAGCUCACCGCCAGUCUGUUCCAGGAGGCUCACAAGAUGGUGCGAGAGGCGAACGUCAAACAGGCCAACGCUGAGAAACAGCUGAAGGAGGCUCUGGGGAAGAUCGACGUGCUCCAGGCGGAGGUCCAGGCGCUGAAGACGCUGGUGCUCUCCUCGCCCACAUCGCCCGUGGGCGAGCUGCCGUCGGCGGGAGGGGGCGGAGCCCGGACGCCCUUUAGGAAGGGCCACAGCCGCAACAAGAGCACGUCGUCCGCCAUCAUGGGGACGCAGCCCGACCCGUCGGCCACGCAGCCCAUCGUCCGCGAGUGCCGAGAGGUGGACGCUCAGCUGUUCGGCGAGUUCCGGGCGUGGAGGGAGGAGCCGACGCUGGAGCGCAGCUGCUGCUUCCUGGAGAGAGUUUACCGCGAGGACAUCUACCCCUGCCUCACCUUCAGCAAGAGCGAGCUGGGGUCGGCCAUCUUGGAGGCCGUGGAGCAGAACGCGCUGAGCGUGGAGCCGGUCGGGUUCCAGCCGCUGCCCGUGGUCAAAGCCUCGGCGGUGGAGUGCGGAGGCCCCAACUUCUUCUACCCUCUCUCGACCCCGGCUCUUCCGACAAACCUCCAACCCCCCUCCCCUGAAAAUGUGCGCUCAGCGGUCAGACCAAAACCUGCAAGCACAGAAUCAAGUUUGGAGAUUCAUCCAACUAUUACUACGUCUCUCCGUACUGUCGAUACCGAAUCACAGCCGUGUGUAACUUCUUCACCUACAUCCGCUACAUCCACCAAGGUCUGGUCAAACAGCAGGACGCGGAGCAGAUAUUCUGGGAGGUGAUGCAGCUCCGCAGAGAAAUGUCCUUCGCCAAACUCGGCUACUACAAAGAUCAGCUGUGACGGUCCGGCUGAUUCGCCCUCCACACGAUCCAGGCUUUCCCUGCUCGCUCUCAUCCGGUCGUUUCAGGAACGCCUCCUCUUCCUCCUCGUGUGAGUGUGAACAACAAAGACUGACGACGUCACUGAUCCAGUUUCUUAAGUUUCAACUCAAUUUGAUUUACAAAAUGUCUUGUUUUCCUUUUUUAUUGACUCACGAAACGCUUCGUUACACAAACCUGACGACACGAAGAGUUAAAACUGAUACCUGUUGGUUUUUAAAUCUUCAGCUGGCUCCAAAAUAAAUAUUAAAAAACCUAAAAUGAUGAUAAAAUCAUUAGAUCUAAGCAACGCGGCUGCAUCAAGUCCUUAAAAAAUUACAUCCACAAACUUUAUCUCGUAGAAGUUUAUUUUCAGCUUCAGGAUUGAGACUUAUUCUUUUCAAUAUGACUUUAUUCCAUGAUCCUUAUGAAUUAAUAGUUAGAUUAUUGACCUCUUUCUCAAAAUAUGAACUUUAUUUUAAAAAGUUUACCCAUUUUUUUGUCCGAAUAAUUCUGAUUUAACCUCCGAUCACUUCUCAGAAUUUACCUUUUCUUGUAAAAUUACAAUUUACUCGACAAAUAUUCUUCAUAAAAAACAACUUCAUCUAAAUAUUUUAACUUUUUUCCCCCACAAAGGUACUUUACCCCUUAAAGAUGACGACCAGUUCAAAUGACCAAACAAUCGUUUAUUGUUUUAAUAAAUCAAGUGUGAAGAAGCUUUAUAUUUAAUUUUUACUUUGUAGAGGAAAAUUAUUAUUCUACUUUCCACAAUGGAAGGACGAACAGUUUGAUGCUAAAGAUAAUCAGAAGAACAAAAAUGUCAACAUCGAAAAAAAAAAGAUCUUCAUGAAGGAAAAAAAAGUUUAUUUAUAAUUUAAGAGUUUAUUUUUUGUUCAUGGUUAAAGGAAAAAUAUAGUUGAGCUGUUCAAACACUACAAAACUUUCCUUUAACACUUCCUGGUGUUUCCCUCCUACUGUAUUUAAUCGAUCAGUAAACCUGUAGAUAGUGACGUGUGUGUGCGACUGGUGUUUCUGUGACUUUCUACAUGUUAAUUUAAACCUGCCUCCACUCCUCUCUCUCUCCAUUCAAAGUCAAUGUCACUCUCCCAGUUUGGUUUAGUGCCUUUUCUCUCUCAGACACUCUGAAAUAAAAACGGUGAUACCUCUGGAAA